AUGUCUCUUUUCGGCCAGCCAGCCGCCACAACCCAGGCGAAGCCCUUGAGCUUGUUUGGCCAGCCGCAAACAGCACAAACGGCGCAACCUGCCCAACCAAACAGGAGCAUUUUCGGUCAGACCUUGGGUGCACCUCAACAGCAGCAACCGCAACAGCAACAACAGACAAAUGCGCUCGGGGGUUCCUUGCUAGUGCCACAGCAGCAGCAAGCGCAGCAGAUGCCAACCUUAUCCCAGUCCCAGGCCCAGCUAUCGAGCUCGUUAUGGCAACCUGGAAAGGAAACACCCCACCAGAAGCCGAUACUCGAGCAGAUGAAGCUGGUAACAGAAAAAUGGGACCCAGCGAACCCGAAUUGCGUCUUCAAGCACUACUUCUACAACAAGGUCGACGAAGCUCACAUCCCUUUCUACAAGCCACAGCCCUUCGAAGACCCGCGUGAGUGGGAGGAAGCUCUCCAGAAUAAGCCCGCCCCGGGUUUCAUGCCCGUUUUGUGCUCCGGCUACAAGGGACUCGCGGACCGUCUGCAGACACAGAAACGAGCCAUCUCCGAAUUCAACACGCGACUACACCAGGUCAACGGCAGUUUGGAUGCUAUCCUCCAGCGCCACGAGUUAGAGACAGAGGUGCGCGCCUUGGCAGCCCGGAGACGACAGACAGCGAUAAGCGAGCGGUGUAUGGCACUGGCUGCCCGUGUCCAGGUCUUGCGCAACAGAGGAUAUGCACUGAGUGGUGACGAGGAUGACCUCAGCUCGAGGCUCCAAGGACUCGAGAGGGACAUUAUGGACCCUGCGGUGGGGGCACGGGAGGAAGAGCUUUGGAGCCGACUGAUUGUGCUGAGAGACUACGCCGACCAGCUGAAUAAGGAGAAAGAGAAGCCUUCCAAUGGAGAGGAUGGCGGUCUGGAUGAAGAGAGCGAGGCCAAGGCAAAGAGGAUUUUGGAGGAUUACGAGAAGCAGCUUCAGCACCUGAAGAAAGAAUUGGAGGCACUUAAUGGUGACUAUGGGGAGUGGGAAAAGAGCAGGACUGCCUUGAGGUAA